CUCAACCUUUGUCUGAGUUUUCGAGCAAUAAUUAAAUGAGGGACUUCCUUUUGCCAAGUUUUAAUUAAAUAUUCUGUAUGCAUAUAAAGAUAUAUUCUCUGGGAAGUCUCCCCAAGAUUUUUUUCUUCUGUUUUUACGUUCAUCUAAUCACGCCUUUGUUCCCCCUUUUUUUCGGGUCCAUAUAUACUCCGCUUCACUCCUUCGUUCUGAGAGCCUUUUUCUGGCCUCAUUUCUGAGCUACAGUCUCCACUUUUCUCGUUGUACUUUUGUUCUCAUUUUAAGCAAGGCAGAGAGUUGAUGAGGCUAAUUUAUGAGAGGAAAUCUGGUGGGUGUGACCUUUGGUAUAGGCCAUAAGCCGCGAUGAUUCUGGAGGAACAAGUGCGGGGCAUUGCCGCAGCCGACGAGGAUCCAGCUGGAGGAGGAUCCGUCUGCUCCAGGUUUUGGGAAUGCUUGGGGAAGAUUUGGAAUGGAACCCCUUUCAGUGGAUGGAAAUGCAAAACUCAGCAACAACGGGACCGGGUACAAAAAAUAGCUGCAGCACUGGAAAACGAACGCCGGAGACUAAUGGACCUUGAAAACAAGGUUCGAGAAGUGAUCGAUGUGAACCGCAAAAUUGGGGAGCUGAGUCCAGAAAAUGGCAAGGAAUGUCACUAUCAUCAGAAUGUGGAGAAAACUAAGUCUGCUAACUGCUGGCACACAAAAGACAGCAUUGACGACAACGAAGAGAAAAUUCGAUCAGCGAAAGAAAAAUAUCGAAGCAUUUUGAAGCCGAGUUCGACUUCAAAAAAUGCAGCAAUAACUGGAGACUCUUCCAACCAGAAGGAUUUUGAGUUUCCAGAAAAUCGCCGGUGUCAAAAACUAUCUGAUACGUUUCCAGUGACACCGGAUCUCCCUUAUUGUCGUCAUGCGAAAAAUUCUGAAAUUUUGUCGAGAGGACUUCCGCCAAAUGAAGAGUCCUUCAGCAUGGAUUUCACAGGCACCGAAAGUGAUCGAAAGCGAACAACGAGUCUGUGGGAUUCGUACCAUUGGGAAAACUAUGGUAGGACGGGAAAAAGGAUCUCUGGUUACGACUUGGAUUCGGUUAUUUGGCCCACUGCUUCAACCUUGGCCCCCAAGGAAUAUCUCGGAUAUUCCACAUCCAUUUCCGAAGGCCCCAAAAACGCGUCGUUGCCAACGACAGAAGAAGUCGGUAAAACACAAGACGGACGAAAACGUAGACGUCAGCGGGGUCGACAUCGUCACCAGUCCCUGACGGGCUUUAUGACACGGCCACGUGACAGCAACCCGUGGACAACGACGAUGACGAAGAAGAAAACCCCGGAUUCCUUCUCACGGGACCUGAGAGCGUCGACAAUCGUCGACACUGGGAAAGUCAUGUUGGCGAAUAAUGCUGUUCCACCUCACGACACUGAUGACGACGGGGAAAAACCUCUGAGACUAGAUGAUUAUGAUGAAAGAAACGCAUUUCGUACGGAUAAUAAUGAAGGAUGGUCGAAAAAGGUCGGAGAAAGCAAGACAUCAGGGGAAGAGAGUGGAUUGCUUUUGCAAUUACUGGAGGAAGCUGCGAAAGACAAGGUUGCGAUGACGACUCAAUGGCGACAAGCAAAAGCCGCGCUCAAGAAGGCCCAGUGUGAGUUGGAGCAGUACAAGUCGUGUCACCAGGAUUCUGGGUUUAACAACCAACACCAGACGGUCUUUGAGGACCGAAGUUCUGCUGAAAGUGCCCAAAAACACGGAGACCACAAUAAUAUCAGUCAUCAGAUAGUCUUGCGUGAAGCGAAAAGGAUUAGACCUGGCUUGUCGAAUACGAUGACAGAACCCAAAGUCCGGAAUAGAACCCAGGUUGCGGGGAUUUUGUCAUCCAAAACCAAAUGCAGCAACUCUGCUAGAGUUAAACACGGCCGCAGCAAAAAUCGUGGGAGAUCGCUGGAAAAUCAUGGCUGUGACAGCUCUUCUGGGUCAACCAAGGUCGACACUGAUUCCGGAACUUGUGAUUCGUGGGGAGAGAAUUUAUGUGCUUCUUCUUCAAGAACAGAAAUUGAGAUGACUGGAAUUAGAAGGAAAGAUGGACGAAGAACAGGAGGAACAGAAGCGUCCAACAGCCUUUACGAAGGUUCCAUCCAAGCUGCGAAGACCAGAAUUUGUCACACUCCGUCCGAAGAAGUCUUCUUUGACCAAGUUCGGUAUUGUUGCCUAAAUCGAGCCCAUAGAAAAGCAAAGAACGAAACGGAGGGCUUGUCCUUUUCUGGGAAGUUCCCAAAAAACCUUGAACUUCAUCCCUGCAGUGGUAGUGGUGUGGUUUUUGACCGGGGCAAGACAAAGCCAUUGAACAAAUUACCUGGCAUCCUUGCUCUGAUUGAGGAGUUUUCUGCCCAAAAUGACAACAAAAGUGAAGAAGAAAUUGAUGAUGAAUCUUUCAGGGUGGAAAUCAAUACAACCCUUCGCCACCUCAGAAGAGAUGAAAGGGCAAGAAGGAACCAGAGAAGGAGGGCAAUGAAAGAAAUGGAUGACUCCCCGAGCUACACGGGAGGGAAUUCAGGGGUUCCAAAAGCCACUUUUGUGAAGAUGGUGGAUCUACAGAAAGAAGACUCAUUGCUGGAAUCCAGGGCCUGUGGAAAUAUUUUGUUGUGCCUGCAGAAUAUGGACUCUAACACUAAAAGGAAGAAAGCCAGCCCCAUGGACCCACUGGAUGAUUUCAACUCAUCGAGCUCAAGUGAGGAAAUCACGAGUGUGUUCAUUGCUCUUAUUCACCUUAAACGUGUUCUGUCUAUAUCUUUAUAA